CUCGUGUCAGUCGAACCGUGUGUCGCGUCGCGGUAGUGUUGUGUCGUGGUUGUGUGUCUCGUGGUUCUCGUCGAAUACUGAUGACGCUUUGCUUAUCAUGAUUAUGAAUGACGUGAAUUCAGUGAAAUCAAGUUUAACAUAUCAUCUCCAAUAUGCUCUUAGAGAAGUGAAAAAAAGCAACGCACGAUAAAAUUUCGCAGUCCGAUUUUAUCGUUCCGUUUCGACCGCGUGCUUUCCACAGUGUCGGUCUUUUCUCUUUCGGGGGAGUUUUCAAGGUUACGCUUUCAAUACCGGCACGAACGAUCCGGAGACCGUUGCUUUUGCCUGCGGUUUCGUCCUUUCUUCGUCACACGCGUGUCGUUGUCGACGAUUUAAAAACUUCGAUUUAAAAACUUCGGCUGCCAAUUACUAUUACAGGUAUAAUUCGCUUCAAAUUUUCAUUCGAAUUUAUAUUCAUUUUUUGCUAUCUGUACUGUGUUUCUUAUUUAUUGUGCUGUCAAUUUAUCGUCGUUUGUCGUUAUUUAUCAUUGAAUUGAUCGAAAAUAAUGAAAUUUUGCCUACGAACUCAAGAAUAUUUCUCUAUGAGAAUCGACAAAAGUUUAUAUUUACGGUAAAAAGUGUUGGAUUCGAAAUUAUUCGUUUCGUAUAAGAAGAAUCUUUUAAAGAAACAAGUACGUGUGUUGGAAUUAUAACAGUGUCAAAAAGAGAAAAAAAAAGUGAACAGUUUGUGAUUACAAUCAUACUAUUUAUUUGACGUCUUCCGUGUGAUAAGUGAAUGCGCGGCAAAAUCAAAACGUGCAAAGUUAUUCUCAUUCAUUGAAGAAAAGUGCUCCGAUUCACAUUAAAUUGUGAGACAAACGUAGUGACGGAAUGUUCAUAGAUAAAAUAUUCCUCAUUACGUGUAUGGAUACGUGGUAUGUGAGUAGAUUGUCGCGGGCAAUAACAAUAAUCAUAGCUGUAAUUUAAAGUGGUUCGAGACGUGAGACACGUGCUCUAAAUUUGAUCGUAUUUAAAAGGACCGAUCGGUUGAUUUCUCUUCUACCUUCCCUAUCCAUAACUGAGUGCUUCGUAAAAUAGAUCGAGACAGAGGCACGGAGUACAAUUACCCGCGUUUUUCUUUCAACUGUUAACCGUGUACCAGAAACCGAGCGGUUUAAAAGCGUUCGAAAAGGAGAUCGUAUCGUCUCGUCGAACCAGUUCGAUCGUCCGCGCCUCGUAAUGAGCCAGGGCACCACACGUUGAAGAUCGAACGUGACCAGUGUGUCCCCCCCUGCGUCGUUCAUCGGUAUUCUCCGAGGAGCCGUUAAUCGAGGGUGCCGCCCAUUACAAGAAAAACCAAUCGGGCCCGCAAUCGGUUCGUCCGGAUUCAAUAUAGCGAAUAUCAUACGUGACUUCGCCCUUUUGCGAGGAUGUCGUCGAUCCGCAUUCUUUCGAAGAUGUCGCGGCGCGUAGUUUCAACAAGACAGAGCGCGUAAGGGGGGGUCGAGACAAGGACAGACCGAGACCAGAUCGGAGGGAAGGUGAAGGAGAGACACGUGUAUACGAGAGAAGAGAGCGGCGGGGGCGUGAUAAAGCCCUCGCACUCCUCGCGACCGAGCAGAAAUGACGAUGGCUAGCAAUAUCGUGGUCGAGUGGCUACGCUCGCUUCAUUUGGGCCAAUAUUCGGAGUCGUUCAUCGACAACGGCUACGACGACCUUGAGAUAUGCAAACAAAUCGGCGAUCCCGAUCUCGACGCGAUCGGUGUGUUCAACCAGACCCAUCGAGCACGAUUGUUGCAAUCGGUGAAAACCCUCAGGGAGGAAGGUGCAGCGAGCGUUUACUUCACUCUGGAAGAGAGUAAUGAUUGCCUGUGCGACAAUGUUAGCUCGAAAUCGUCGAGAACAUCUUCUGAGAGACCGCUCAGUGAUAAAGAGGCGCAACGGGCCUCGCCAACGGCCAGUUCCUCGAGCGGUGGUCAGGAAUUAACCAAGUUCGCGGACGAGUACGAGGAGGGAAAGGCGGAGCUCGUCAGAAUCCCAAGGAUGCAGUUACGGAUGCUGCUGCAGGAGAAGCUGAGGCACGACGGCAUCAGGUUGGCUUGUCAACCUUACACAACACCGGAAGGUGAGAGGGGAUACUUAGAGGGGCUGGCUUCAAGGUAUGCAGACCUCUUCAGAACGCAUUACGGAGACGUCCUGGAACCGCUUGAGGAGCUACGCCGCCGUGAAACAAAUGCUUCUCCCAGAAUGCCCAACACUCAACUCACUACCAGUCAUUCACAGCCCAUUUACGUGCCCGGGAAAUACUCGCCCUCGAGCUGUCUCAGCGAUAAGGAAGAGGACGAAAUCUAUGGCUUUGGAUACGGUGUAUUCAGCAGGCAAAUGCUUCAACAACGACAACAGAAACUUGCUCUUGCCGCGCAAAAUACAACUGCAGUGACACCUGGUGGACAUCAACAACCUUAUCAAAGUUGUCUGAGCCCGAGGUCUGCGUUGUUCUAUGAAUUCCCGCCUAACGAACAAGGACAAACCACGAGUAAGAAGAAAACAACAUUUUCGCGACUGCUUCGAGGACUAAAGACGCACAGGAAGGAGAAGCAAGCGCAAACUCAAGGUUCCCCGAGGCAUGGCCGUGUAAGAAUGGGAGUACCACAAAGAGUAGAUACACCAGACAGCGUAUUGCAAAGUGGAUUAGGCAUGGGACCAGAUAUGGGACACACUAUUUUACGUUCUAUGGUUGAUCCAAGAGAUUAUGAUCGGUUAAGAUACUUGCAAAUGAAUGGAGGCCAGCCAAACAGCUUCGAAGAGACUAUACAUAGGCUGAAAGUUCAAGAGGCACUGAGAAAGAAGGAACGAUUUCAUAAAGAACACGAAGAGAUACUGAGGGACAUCCGGCAGGGUUUAAUGCAGCUUGGUCGGGACGGACGGGGUCAGCUCCCUGGAGAUGAUACUUACAUGUACGAUGAAGAUGCACGUUGUGGAGGAGGAUUGGGUUUAGGUCCUGGAGGUCAACAUUGGUAUGACGAACCACCAUAUGAGUCAGAUCCCGAAGAUUUCCUUAUGGGAGCAAGUGGCGGGCCAGUGCCAACUGCGACUAUACAAAAUGGAAGAGUAUGUUUCACGCUAAAUUUGAAGCCCGAGAACAGAAGUGAGGGAAUUAUUUCGCUUCGAACUGCCGGAGACAUCAGCCUCCCACGAGAUCGCUCUAGGAAAGGAGCAACAUCGACAAUGCGAGGGCUUAUUGUGCCACAAGGUCACAAUAAUCCACCGGCCAUCAUACCACUUACACAUUCGAGAGCUUCUCGAGAAAGUGGAGACUACGCGAGCAGUGAUGUCCAGAGCCGGAGUAGCGGCGAGGAAGGACUAUCGCCAAGCCAAAGCAGCGACUACGAGGAUCAAGAAGAACUUGAGAAUCAGCAUCCAGCCGCCGUACACACAUCAGAAGCUAGCGCUCUGCUCGAGGGGGACGCCAGGGCGGGGAUCGCGGGACGUGCGAGAAAUUUGAGGCACGACGUGCAGCGGAAGAUUUCAAGGCUGCGCCAGGAUCGCGCCUCGUCAGAGGCCUUCCCGUGCAGCGCGAGCAGCGUCGAGAGCCUUCCAAGCGGAAGUGGUUCGAGCACGCAGGCACUUGUGCGUGCAGGAAGCAAUCACAGUUCGAUAUCCUGCGAAGACAGGGACGCCAUCAGCCCAACGUCUAUUGGACCUGUGCUGUGCAGAGCCAGGGCACUAGUCGAUUAUACGCCCAGCCCUUAUGACAAGGAAGCGUUAAAGUUUAAGAAGGGAGACAUCAUCGACGUGGUACAAAUGAACAAGAGCGGGCUGUGGAAGGGUGUUUUGCACAACAGGAUAGGCCACUUCAAGUUCAUAAACGUCGAGAUACUAAACGACAGGGUUCCAAGGCGCGGCGAGCCCGAAGGGCGGGGGAAGUGGGGCCAGAGGUAUAGGCAGAAGCCCGGUUCCGUUCAAGAGCUCUUGCAGAGAAUGAAUCUUCAGGAACACAUUCCUGUUUUUGUAUUUAACGGAUACGAGGAUCUGGAACUCUUCAGGGAAAUUGAAGCCGCAGAUCUUGAUUACUUGCGUAUACAUCAGCCAGAACAUCGUGCUAAGAUACUUACAGCUGUGCAACUAUUAAAUGAUCUUCAAUCCGGAAGCGAGGGCGAUUUAGCUUCAAGCUCGGAGGGUGACGAGGUAAGUCGACUGGUCUUAACCUCUGGCCAGACAUCCGGCCAUUGUUCACCGUUUAAUCGUCGCCAGUUCCCGCGGGACUCUGGCUGUUACGACGCUCACAAGAAUCCCACUAGCCGGCGAACCGUAAGCCCGGAAUCGACAACGACUACCAAGCUGCCCAGAGAGAACAAUCUCGAUUCCGCGGCGCCUACGAAGAGCGUAAGCGGCGUCAGCACAGAAGGGAGCACGGUGACCGACAGCAAGGACGACUUCCACCCCAACAUACCCAUCACGGCCAACGUGGCCGGGCAGAAGGAGGGCCAGUUCGAUAAAUCGCCAUUGCUUCGUAGCGGAAACGUUCGGUUCAUCGCGAAAAGAGGGAAUUUCGGCGAAACGGUGGUGAUCGAGGACGCGUGCGAGGGCGGGCAAAAACUGGGAGGCAUGGUGAAGUACGUGGUCGGGAGCGGUGACCUUGGCCUCGAGAAUAGCGGAAAUAUGACAGGUCUUGGACAAAGGGGUUGCCUGAGCGAGAAAUCGAGCGACUCGGGCGUCAGCUCAUCGAGCAUCAGUUCUGCACCGCCACCUAGGGACAAAGUUCUUGCCAACGUUGCCUCCGACUCACCCACCAAGAACUUUGGUAAUUUCACCAGGGCGUCCCCCACCUCUCAGCCGGCCACCAAUAAGAGCCAGAGUGGGGAAGCCAGUUACCAGUAAAGGAUACUGAUAGAGGAGGACAGGAGACCGAUCCCGAUUCAUCUUGCCUUUAUAUUGUAUUUUCAUAAGUUUCAUUGUAAAUUAUUGUACACUUACUACGCGAUAAUGUAAACGCGGAUUUUUAAAAGAUUGUUAACAAGAUCGUGCAAUUUCGAUGGAGUUUUUCUGCUGUAUCCGUAAGUAUUCACAUAUUUGCCCGAGGAGGGAUUUUAACCUUUUCGACGGAUUCAUUCGAUCAAGGAAGGUAUGCAUGUAGUAUAUGAAUGUACAUUGAGAAAAUAAGUUUUCAUACCAGUGAACGAUGAUCGAAAUUUCGAAAGGAUACGUACACAAACGCGAUAGAGGAGAUUGCUACAUGUUUCACGCCCGUUUGUAUAACUAUUUUGUAAUAUACUUUCAUUGUCUAUUUUGAGAACUUAACAAACAAAACAUACUAUCUAUAAUGAAUCUUUGGAGAAGGGUCAACUUGUUGAAACUUAUUGAGACGACUUAUUGAAUAUGACUGAAAUGAUUUAUAAAAUGUUAUGCAGUGAUAUAUCUAGUAUUCCUGUAAUUCAGUUUAUCGAAUGAACUUAAAACCGGAACGUAGAGAAUGGCUGUAAACCGAGAAACGAGCUUAAAUGGAAAAUGCACGUACGGAUAUGGAAUCCUUUCAUAGAAUUCACACGUUCAAGAACCAAUCAAUGAAUAGCGGUUACUCGGUGUUUAAUAUUUUAUUUCCUCGUUAAAAGCAAUAUAUUUCUUCUCUUAUUUUAUUUUUUUUUUUAAAUCCAUCCUUGAAUCGAAAGGAAUAACGCUUCGCUAACUUUUAUUGCCUCGUCGAUUCUUUGUCCUCGUUAUUUCAUAAUCAAAACUUCGCGGCUGCUCGUUAUUUUUUUUUUAAUGAGAAUUCCAGCUUUAUCUCGAUAUUGGAUCAAAGCUUUCCACGUGAUUAUUUUUCACUCCGAGUUUUUUAUGAUUCUCGGUAAAUGAGACGAUGAGAAGGAAAGGGGAGACGAGUCAGAUAUAAAAAUUUAUACGGCCUCGACGAGAGGAACGAGUAACAACGUUUGUAUCGUGCACGAAUGGAAUAAAAUUUUUGGCAGUACGAUGAAAUAUCGAGAAGAGCCGUGUCACUGCCAAUCAUUUCAUGAUCUCGUCUAUCAUUUUCGACGCUCGUAAUAAUUACUAAUGAUAAUAUUGUGAUAAGAUUGCAUUUACAUCUAAAUAAUUUUUGUAAAUAGAUUAAAGAUUCGCAAUAGAGGAUUCGUCUUUGCAAUUUGUAUACAAUAAGCUACAGAGAACAGAGACUAAUGAGAUGUUUAACGAGGAAUAACGAGAAGAGACACGUUGAUCUAUCAAUUCAACAGUUGGACUUCAAUCACUUGUUUCAGCUGCCUAUAUGAGAAAUGGAAACUUUUUUUAGAUUAAAGACUGCCAACAGAUUAAAACUUUUUGAACACGUGAUAAAAUGUUCGUUUGCUAUUAUUUUUGAGACUAGUUUACUUUGAUGAAAAGUACAUAUGAUUUAACGAUUAAAUAGUUGACACAGAAAUAUGAAAGAUAAGGAUUAUUAUGUAAUAAGAAAGAGAGAGAGAGAAAAAGAAAUUUGUCGUUGGAUCUUAUAUUCUAAAAAACUUAUUUAUUCGAAAAUUGAAGAAUAUGUGAAAUUGAAUAGUGAUCAAGUUGGAUAAAAUAAUAAAAUAAAAUGGUAAUGUAAUAUACAGUUUAAAUAUUUUUCCUCCUUCAAAAUAAAACUACAUUGCAUUGUUAUUGUAUAUAACUUUUGUGCAUGAAAUAGUGACUUUUUCAAAUUUCGAGACAGAAAAAUGAUAGUUAAUCAAUAAUUAUCAAAAUAACCUUUUAUAAAAUUAUUUUAUCCAAUCUUAUUGCAACUAAUUGAUUUUCCUAAUGUUUUGAAUUAUAUCGUUAUUAAUUUUUCGUAUGAAAACAAUACAUUUACUAGUACAUGAUCGACAAUCCCCAUCAUCGAUGCAACUUAAAAGUUAAGAAGUUCUUCGACAAGAUGGUAAACUGUACAUGUGUAUAUUGACUAUAUACCACAAAACAAAACGUUCAAAGUUACAAAGUUUUUGUAUGUAUAUAUACAACACACAUAGAAACCUAAUGAUGUUUUAUAUUGAAUCCAACUUUUGCCAAAAUUUUAGACUAUGACAAAUCUAUACAUAAAAAUAUACAUAUGUUAUAUAUCACACCGUUGGCUCUUAUGUACAUCUUUUGUAUAGUGUAAAAUGAUCGAUGAAUUUAAAAAAAGAAAAAAAAAAGAAAAAGAAGCGACAGAAGAACGAGAUCAGGAAUGAAACUCGAGGAUGGAAAACUCGUGAAAGAGGAAGAAAAAAAAAAGGAAAAAUAUCGAAAGGACACAAUUAUCAAAAAUAAUGAUUUAAGAACUUCUAUUGCAUAUGUAAAUAGAAUAUAUUAAAAAUAUAUAUUCGUUUCGAUAGAACGAUUCGAUGACUAUCCAAAAUGGCGGAGACUGAUGAAGCAAACGUUAGAGAAUCUUAUAGACUUUAAUGAAAAUGCAUGUUUACCUUCUUCAUUAUUAUCGAUUUACAAAAGUAGCUUUAGGAGAUUUAAUCCCCUUUUUGUAACAAGUCUUGUUACGCUUUUUUCGUACGACCAUUGACGAAUAGAGCAUCGAUUCUAUAUUAAAAAAAAAAAAAAAACUUUAUAGAGAUAUAUAACGAAAAAAUUCUGAACACUCGUGAUUCAACUUUGGGCAAAAAGGCCUAAAAAAAAGAAAAAAAGAAAAAAAAAUAUAUUAAAAUAAGUUGAUACACACACACAUACAUACACGCACACACAUACACACACGCUGCUUCCAGAAUAGCGAUUGUUUUAUAAUACGUACUUUAUCGAUAUACCGCAUUAAGUGAUGUUGUAUUGCAAGGUUCGAUCGUAUCUGAACGAUGAAAACGAUGUUUGCUUGUGUUUGAUUCAACUGCUGACAUCAAGUAUCGUCUGUAAUGUCCAACGAAGGCACACACUGUAACAGGAAAUUUUAAUAGUUUUUUUUCGCAAUAAAAAAUAAAAAAAUAAAAAAUAAAGAAAAUAAUCCAAAGCCAAAAUCUUCGUUACUUCAUGUGCACACAAAUUACGAUAAAUGAUAUAGUUGGUCCGUUCCGUCGAGAAUAAUAUUGUAGAGAGCGAAUCAAAAAAACAAAAAAAAGAAAAAACGAAAAAAAUGUAAAAACAAAACAGUAAAUGCAGGAUGAAUAGAAAAAAGAGAGAGAGAGAGAAAGAAAGAAGAAAUGCGCGCGAAAGUGAGAGUGUGAAAGAAAAAAAGAGAGAGCGAGAGAGAAAUGGAAUGCGUGGAAAAAUGUUAAAAAUUAGUAACGUUUUGAGAAUAUUAGAUGCAAAAAAAAAAUAAAUAAUAAUUUUAUUAGUUCGAAAAGUAUGCAAUGUUUGAUGUAAAAAAAAAAUCAGAUUCGUUAUAAAAAUAGAUGCAGUGAAUUAUAAUCGAAAAUAAGUAAUUUGAAAAAUAGUUACAUGAAGGUAAAGGUGUGUUAGUAAAAGAAGAAAAAAAAAACGUUAAGUGUGUUUGUGUGCGAUUCGAAUUUCGUACUGAACUGAACGAAUGGACGAUCUGUCUUCGUCCCGUAAGGAUCGAUUAUUUAAUGGUGGACACCGUGAGGCUGAAGAUCUGAAAAAUCACGGUGUCUAGUGAUUGUCGCUAAAUCGCUAGUGAAGAAUGAAAGAAAGAAAGAAAGAAAAAAAAAUUAUUAAGCAUCUACUUAGCGGUCUAGUCCAUUUUUUCUUGCAAAGUUUACAAUUUGAUGCGAUAUAUGUAUAAUGUACAUAAAGUAAAGGGAUAAAACACACACACACAGGAUUAGGGAAUAGCAAUCGCCACAGCGUGAGUUGCUGAACAUUUUUAUAAGCUGAUUUUUGUAUUUAUUGAUUAAUUGCGGGUUUUAUAGAGAUUAAUAAAUUCGUAAUUCUUAUCGUCUCUCAGUUCUUGUAUGGUUUCCAACAAGUGUUAAUUUAUUGACUGUGAAUAGAAAUAAAUGAUGAAAGAUUCAAACGAAA